AUGCCGAAACGUAAACAGAAUGAAGACGUCGCCGAUGACGAGGACGCUACGCCGCGCAAAAUCCGCAAUGACCGCUCCGCUCGUAAAAAGAGCCAGCGGACAUUGCAGGAGCCUGCGGGUGCCGAUGACGGGAGCGGUAACGACGAUGUAGAACAGGAUGAGGAGGUAGCUCAGCGCAUUCUGGAGGAUGAUGGCGGCUCGGAAGCCGAAGAUGACGGUGAUGAGAUUCAGCUAGCGGAGGCAACGCCUAUGGCAGACACGCCCUCGAAGCCUGGAAAGCUGCGCGGGCGACCAAAAGGCAGAAGGCGCGAGCGUACGCCCUCACCGCCGCCAGAUCUGCCACCUCAUGAGCUCUACUUCUUCCAAAACCGGACAGGCGCAAACAAGACUUCAUCGAAUACUUUGCCAUCACAUGUGUUGUUGGGUCACGAUGACUAUUCUGCACAGGUUGUUGCCUACAAGGACCCGCACGACGCCGACAUCAAGCGCUUAGUGCAGUAUCAUAAGCGCGCAUUUAAUCAGUGGAUGUUCGAAUUGGAAGAAGGUUUUAACCUUUGCUUCUACGGCUAUGGUUCGAAACGAGCGCUGAUGGUGGAUUUUGCGGAGCAUGUAUACGCACAGACUGAAGGCAGCAAGCCGAAGAUUGUGGUGGUCAACGGGUAUACACCCGGACUCACGAUGAAGGAUGUUCUUACGACGUUUAGUGAUGUAGUGUUGCCGAAGAAUGAGAAACUACCAGCCCAGCCUGCUGCUAUCCUUGAGGCGAUACUCUCGCGCUUGAACGAAGAACAGCAAAUUGUACCUUUCAUCCUCAUGGUCAACUCGCUCGAUCAUGCAAAUUUGCGAAAACCAGCCGCUCAGGCGAUGUUCGCUCAGCUCGCAGCACAUCAAUCAGUCUCAUUCCUGGCAACAUGCGACACGCCCAACUUCCCGCUUCUCUGGGAUCUUGGCCUUGCACGACAGUUCCACUUCCUGUACCAUGACGCGACAACCUUUCAGCCUUACAAAGCGGAAAACGAUGUCGUCGAAGAAGUCAACGCAUUGCUGGGCAGAAGCGGACGCCGACUUGCCGGCAAAGACGGCGUCGCCUACGUACUAAAGAGCUUGCCGGAGAACGCCAGAAGUUUGUUCCGCAUCUUGGUCGCUGAACAGCUGGCCAUGGCGGACAUUGAAUCCAAUGCCACCGCCGAAGGCGUCGAGUACAGGGCGCUGUAUCACAAGGCUGUAGAGGAGUUUGUGUGCUCCAGCGAGCUGAACUUCAGGACGCUUUUGAAGGAGUUUCAUGACCAUCAAAUGAUUGAGAGCCGGAAGGACGUGGCAGGGACGGAGCGAUUGAUCGUACCUUUUAGGCGGGAGGAGUUGGAGGCUAUAUUGGAUGAGCUUGUCUGA